AUGGCUCGCGCCUUGAUGCCCAGGAGCGAUUGCAGCAGCAAGAACCACCGCCGAGCCGGCCAAGUCGACCACCAAGUCCGCGUCAAAGAGGAAGAAGAAGCAGAAGCAGAGGCAGAGGCAGAGGCCCAUCGGCCUCGCGGUGCAGCAGCCGUUUCCGCAUCUCGCCUCCGCCUCCUCAUCGCCUCCCCGGCCCUGCUUUGCAGAAAGCUUAAAAACGCGGCUGCGAGGCUGCUGUGCCACGUCGCCGCCGUCGAUUUCGCCUCCGCCUCCGCCUUCGCCUUCGCCCUGCGGCAGAAACGCUCGGCCGCUUCCCAGGGCGCACGCGCACGCGCACGGCACAUCCCCCUCGCCGUCGAGCUCCAGCAGCAGCAUCCCUUGACCGACCCAAGACGCGGCCGCGCAUACGUCUCCAACAAUGUUCGAACCUCGCGCUACACCGUCUGGGACUUCGUGCCCAAGCAGCUGCUCUUCCAGUUCACCCGCGUGGGCAACUUUUACUUUCUCUGCGUCGGCGUGCCGCAAACGAUUCCCGGAUUAUCAACGACUGGAUCGUACACCACCAUUCUGCCGCUGCUGUUCUUCGUUCUCUUGACAAUCGCCAAGGAAGGCUACGACGACUUCAGGAGGCAUCGUCUGGACAAGGUGGAAAACGCCCAGUUCGCCACCGUUCUCGCUCGUCGGCAUCGCUACACGGCAGGCACGAGGACGAAGUCGCCUGCGUCCCUCAGUCGUCUCAAUCCCUUCCGCCUCAGGACCGCUGCCGAGCCUAGACCAAGCCCCACGGACGAGUACCGAGGCAUUCGCUGGGUUCCCGAACGCUGGAGCGAGCUCAAGGUAGGCCAUGUCGUCCGCCUGUCUCGGGAUGAGCCCGUGCCCGCCGACCUGGUCUUGCUGCACAGCGACGGAGAAGAUGGCCUCGCCUAUGUCGACACCAUGGCCCUCGACGGCGAGACCAACCUGAAAACGAAGCGGGUCUGCCACGCUUUCGACCGGUGCGGCACCGUCCGAGGUAUUUCGCGCUGCAAGGCCGAGCUUGUCGUCGAGGAUCCGAAUCCGGACUUGUUUAGUUUCGACGGCAAAGUCACCGUGGCCGGCAAGACGGUACCCCUGACCCUGAACGAGGUUGUGUACAGGGGCAGCGUCUUGAGGAACACGGCGGCAGCCACGGGCAUCGUCAUCAACACCGGCGAGGAUUGCAAAAUCCGCAUCAACUCGAACCAGCACCCCAAGGCCAAGAAGCCGGCCUUGGAGAAGAUUGUCAACAUGGUCGUCGUCACCCUUGCCAUCUACGUCGUCGUCUUAUCCGUCGGCGUCUCCUUGGGCUACGUCAAAUGGAGCAACGGCUACGAGCAGCAUGCCUGGUAUCUGUAUCAGGCCACGGUUCCUCUUCACCAGAUCAUCAUAUCCUUCGUCAUCAUGUUCAACAAUGUCGUUCCCCUGGCCCUCUACAUCAGCCUCGAGAUUGUCAAGGUCGGCCAGCUGCUGCUUCUCAACUCCGACCUCGACAUGUACCAUGAAGAGUCUGAAACUCCGGCUCGGUGCAACACAAACACCAUACUGGAAAACCUCGGUCAAGUCGGCUACGUCUUCACCGACAAGACGGGCACCCUGACUGACAACAUUAUGAAGUUCCGCAAGCUAAGUGUUGCUGGGACAGUUUGGCUGCACGAAACCGACCUCGAAGAGCCCGCCCCCCGGGCCGCCGCCGCCGCCGCCGCCGCCGACGCGCAGCAAACUGGCCGCUCCUUCCAGGACGUGGGAUAUUUCGACCGAAAGCCCUCCGUGCACAAGUCGGACGCUGCAUCACCCUCGCCCAUGAUCCGCGAGGAGGGCGUCGGCUUGGAGGCACCCGUGCCCGCGUCCCCAUCCAGGCUCUCGGCUGGGCGGCGCCGCUCCUCCUCACAGUGGCGCUCGACUGGACGGCCUGACCACGUCCAGCCGGAUGUGACCACUGCCGACCUGACGGAAUUUCUCAGACUCCGACCUCACUCGGCAUUCUCGAGAAAGGCGAGGCGAUGCCUGCUGGCGAUUGCGCUCUGCCAUACGUGCCUGCCCGAAGUCAGGAACGGCAGGCCGGAUUUUCAAGCGUCUUCGCCCGACGAACUAGCCCUUGUCCGCGCGGCUCGAGAGCUCGGCUACUGGGUCGUGCAACGGACAUCCAAGUCCAUCACGAUGCAAGUGCCGCAGCUGAGCGGAGGGAGCGAGAUGAUCAAGUUCGACAUCCUCGACGUGAUUGAGUUCAGCAGCGCCCGGAAGAGGAUGUCGGUAGUGGUUCGAUAUCCGGACGGGAGAAUCUCCGUCAUCUGCAAAGGCGCCGACUCGGCCAUUCUUCCCCGGCUGAAGCUGGCUUCCCUGGCCAUGCAGAAAGCCCACCAGGUGCGGAUGAGCGCAGAUGCCGAGCACCAAAUGUACCGCCGCAGCCAGCAGCACGAGCCGCGCAACAGCUUUGGCGGGAGACCCAGCCUGACGGCCCGCCGGAUCAGCAGGGGUCGCAGCAUCGACCAGAAGCGGCAGCAGGCGUCAAGCAGGAGGAAGUCGUUUGAGGUGAACAAGCUGAAGGGAGUGUCCGUCGACCGUCCGCGCGGCGGCUCCCCGGCCCGGCGAGGCGUCUCGCUGGAUGUCUCGCGCCCGCGAAACCCUCCUCUGGGCCCGCCAACAACCCACCACGCCCCGUCGUCGGUCCCCGCGCACCUUGGAUUCCUGGAAGCCGCCAUGGUCUACGACGAGUCCGACGUCUUCACCAAGUGCUUCAAACACCUGGACGACUUCGCCACGGAAGGCUUGAGGACGCUGCUCUACGCCGACAAGUUUGUGUCGGAGCAAGAGUACCGGUCGUGGAAGAAGCGCUUUGACGACGCGUCCACCAGCCUCACCAAUCGGCAGGAACUCGUCGAAGCGGCCGGCGACGUGAUGGAGCAGUCGCUCGAGCUGGUGGGUGCCACGGCGAUCGAGGACAAGCUUCAGCGAGGCGUGCCCGAGACCAUCGACAAGCUCGGGCGCGCAAACAUGAAGAUUUGGAUGCUGACGGGCGACAAGCGCGAGACGGCCAUCAACAUUGCGCACUCGGCCCGCAUCUGCCGCCCCGAGUCGGAUCUGUACGUGCUCGACGUGGCCAAGCGGCCGCUGGAGGACCAGCUCGCGGCGCUUGGCGAAGAGCUGUCGCACGCCGGAUCGACGCACAGCGUGGUGGCCGUGGACGGGCAGACCCUCGCCGCGGUCGAGGAGUCCGAGACGCUGUCGAGGCAGUUCUUCGCCACGGCGCUCCUGGUCGACUCCGUCAUCUGCUGCCGGGCGUCGCCGGCGCAAAAGGCGCUCCUGGUCAGGACGGUGCGGUCGUCGCUGGGCAAGGGCGGGCGCCGCGGGCGUCGCGGGCUGACGCUGGCGGUGGGCGACGGCGCCAACGACUUGGCCAUGAUCCAGGCGAGCCACGUGGGCAUCGGCAUCUCCGGGCAAGAAGGGCUCCAGGCGGCCCGGGUGGCGGACUACGCCAUUGCGCAGUUUCGCUUCCUGCAGAAGCUGCUGCUGGUCCACGGGCGGUGGAACUACGUGCGGACGGCCAAGUUUAUCCUGUGCACGUUUUGGAAGGAGAUGUUCUUCUACCUCCCCACGACGCUGUACCAGGGCUACGCCGGAUACACGGGCACGUCGCUGUACCAGUCGACGAGCUUGACCGUGUUCAACACGCUGUUCACGAGCCUGUGCACGAUAUGCCCGGGCGUGUGGGAGCAGGAUCUCGCCGCCGAGACCCUGCUGGCCGUGCCGGAGCUGUACGUCUACGGCCAGCGCGACGGGGGGCUCAACGCCGGCAAGUACGCGCGCUGGAUGGUCCUGGCGGCGGUCGAAGGCGCCGUCGCCUGGUACGGCGUCUGGGCCGGCUACGGACGCACCUGGGCUGCCCGCGACCAAGGGCUCUACGCGCUGGGCACCCUUGCGUUUACCGUGGGCGUGUUGUGGAUCAACUGGAAGCUGUUCAUCUUCGAAACGCACUGCAAGACGGGCAUCGUCAUGGGCGCCUUCCUCGUCACCACGAGCGGCUGGUUCGCGUGGCUCGCCUUCCUGGACGGCGUGUACGCGCCCGGCCCGGACGGCCCGUACAGCAUACGCCGCAGCUUCACGGGCCAGUUUGGCCGCGACGCGGCGUGGUGGGCGACGGCCUUUGGCGUCGUGGCGCUGCUGGGCCUCCUGGAGCUGGCGGGCAAGGCGGGCAAGCGGCAGAUGCUGGUGGCGGGCGCGUGGCGCUGGCCGCCGUGGGAGGCGCGCCGGCCGAGCGGCAACGUGGAGGAGUGGGACGUGGCGCUGUGGCAGGAGCUGGAGCAGGAUGCCGGGGUGCGCGAGCGGCUGCGCGGGCUGGCUGGUGGUGAUGAGGCGGCCGAGUGGGAGGAGGAGGAGGAGGAGGAGGAGUUUGCCGUCGAGGGCGGAGAGGAGGGCGGACCAGGCGAGGGCCGAGACGGGGGCGGAGACGGGUGCCGAGUCGACGGCUAG